CGGAAGUGCGGGUGGGGGGGGGGGAAGCUGUGGCCAGUGUGUGGCGCGAGUUCCUGCCAGUCUCUUCUGUGUACAUAUGAAUUUUGGAAGUCGCGGCGCGUUUUCCAUUAAUACCUGCAACAUUUAUCGACCUUGAGAUUCACUGCUGCCCUCGCAAAAUCAACGCCGCACUACCGCCAAACGAAGUAUGCCCCGCAGGAAGAGGAACGCAGGGAGCAGCUCUGAUGGGACGGAGGACUCGGAUUUCUCUGCCGACCUGGAGCACACGGACAGCUCGGAGAGCGACGUGAACUCGCGCAGGAACACGCGCCUGACCCGCGCCUCCGUGCGCCUCAGCCAGAGCUCACAAGAUUCCAGUCCAGUUCGGAACCUGCCAGCCCUGGGUUCGGAUGAUGCCGCCUAUUGCACCAGGCGUGUGACCCGUAGCCAGCAGCAGGGGGCGCCAGUCACCCCAAAGAAAUACCCCUUGCGUCAGAGCCGUUCCUCCGGAUCGGAGACGGAGCAAGCCAUGGACUUCUCCGACAGGGACCUGAAGCACGCAGCCGACCACGACGAGUCCCCGCCACGCACCCCCACCGGGAACGCGCCCUCCUCGGAGUCCGACAUCGACAUCUCCAGCCCGAGCGCCUCCCACGACGAGAGCCUGGCGAAGGACGUGUCGCUGAAGGACUCGGGCAGCGACCUUUCCCACCGGCCCAAGCGCCGCCGCUUCCACGAGAGCUACAACUUCAACAUGAAGUGCCCCACGCCGGGCUGCAACUCCCUGGGGCAUCUGACGGGGAAGCACGAAAGACAUUUCUCCAUAUCUGGGUGUCCCCUUUACCACAACUUGUCUGCAGACGAAUGCAAGGUGAGAGCCACCAACCGGGACAAACAGGUGGAAGACCGGACUCUGUCACACCGCCAGGAUGAGAACAACCGACACGCCACACGCCACCAGGCCCCAACAGAGAGGCAGAUGAGGUACAAGGAGAAGGUGACGGAGAUGAGGAAGAAGAGGAACUCUGGUCUCCUGAAGGAGCAGAAGGAGAAAUACAUGGAACACCGGCAGACCCACGGCACCACCAGAGAGCCUCUCUUGGAAAACAUCACAAGUGAUUAUGACCUGGAGCUCUUUAGAAAAGCCCAGGCACGUGCAUCGGAGGAUCUUGAGAAGCUGAGGCUCCAAGGCCAGAUCACGGAAGGCAGCAACAUGAUCAAGACCAUCCUGUUCGGCCGCUACGAGCUGGACACCUGGUACCACUCCCCCUACCCUGAGGAGUAUGCCCGCCUGGGCCGGCUCUACAUGUGCGAGUUCUGCCUCAAGUACAUGAAGAGUCAGACCAUCCUCCGCAGACACAUGGCUAAGUGCGUGUGGAAGCACCCUCCUGGAGACGAAAUCUACAGAAAGGGAGCGAUAUCGGUGUUUGAGGUUGACGGGAAGAAAAACAAGAUAUACUGCCAGAACCUAUGCUUGCUAGCAAAGCUGUUCCUGGACCAUAAAACUCUGUAUUACGACGUGGAGCCCUUCCUGUUUUAUGUCAUGACAGAAGCGGACAACACAGGAUGUCAUCUUGUUGGAUACUUUUCCAAGGAGAAGAAUUCCUUCCUCAACUACAAUGUCUCCUGCAUUCUCACAAUGCCACAGUACAUGCGGCAGGGGUAUGGCAAGAUGCUGAUCGACUUCAGUUACCUGCUGUCGAAAGUCGAGGAGAAGGUUGGCUCCCCGGAGCGUCCACUCUCAGAUCUGGGUCUCAUCAGCUACCGGAGCUACUGGAAGGAGGUGCUGCUACGCUACCUGCACAACUUCCAGGGGAAGGAGAUCUCCAUUAAAGAAAUCAGUCAGGAGACAGCAGUGAACCCGGUGGACAUUGUCAGCACGUUGCAGUCUCUCCAGAUGCUGAAGUAUUGGAAGGGAAAACAUCUUGUCUUAAAGAGACAGGACCUGAUAGACGAGUGGAAAGCCAAGGAGGCCAAAAGAGGCAGCAGCAACAAAAUCAUCGACCCCAGCUCCUUGAAGUGGACGCCUCCCAAAGGAACAUAAAGCGCUCACAGUAGAACUUCUCAAUAAAAACACUGUAUUAAUCAGCUAGCAAACCUGUCAGUACUAGAUGUAGAGCUAUUGCUGCUGUUGGGAGUAGGACCAAGGUACUGGUGGCAGUGGAAUAGUAUUUCUAUUUUUCAUCCUUCUUAUUCCGUUUUAUAUUGACCAUCACUGCCUGUGGCACCCCACCAUCGCCAAUCUCUUGCUGUUACGAAAUGCUCGUCAUUUACGACACAAGGUGUGAUCAGGUCAAAACACGGCUGUAGGCUUCAGAAACACUGUCCUUGUCUUGCUCUGCGUAGCCAAAGGCUGGCUGUCUGUGUUGAGAGACUGGUGCCAUUCUCUCCGUCGGGCUCGCCACUUCAUGCAGACGUGUUGUUUUCAGCGGUCUGCACGCCUUUCAAGGAAGCUUUUAUGCCUGCUGUGUCGGGUUUCAGACAUGCCGGCAUCUUGUUGUUAAUGUUUGCAUUCAUCUGUGUGAAGGCCUGUUCCCGCAAAAAGUGCUUUGAAAGAUUCAGUACAUUUCUGGCUUGUGAGAGGCUGCCUAUCUUACCUAGUCUGCCCAUGCUUGUGACUAUGCAUCUGAGUGGGCUAGUCUGAGUCUGUCUGCUUGCCAGUAGUUUUGUUGGUCAGUGCCAUCUGGAAGGCAGUGAAGCUUCUUAAUUACUACCAAGCAGUUGCAAUUGUAGUUGAUUAUGCCCUUGUGAUGUUAUACAGCACAUUGUGCCCUUAAGCAGAGUAGCAAAGUUUAGCCGUGCUACAGGAGCACUGCACAAGAUUGUGUGAGAUUUUGUUGCACGUGAGGUCACAACACUUUGUAACUUUUCUGGAGUCAAGACAAACAUGCAAGAAACUUUCCAAGAAGAAAGGUCUGUGUGCGCGCGUGUGUGUGUGUGUAUUAAUGCUCAGUUAUUUGCUGGCAAUAAAACUGGCAAUUAAAUAAAGGUUUUCUAAAAAAGCUAUUUUAAAUUUAUAUGUUUGAACACGUCCUUUUUGAAGAUCUGUAAUUUAAAACAUGCCUAAAACUUUGGUUAUCAUGCUUGAAAGAGAAACUUGCUUAACAAAAGUAAAGAUUAGGUUUUGUACUGGAAUCAGCUGAAUGUUUCGCAUUGCAGUACAUUAACCUUGAAACUGAUUCUUUGUCAUUUUAAAAUCAAGAAAAAAGUACUCAAUGAUCUAGAAUCAUAUGUUAGUUUUCCUAUACUCCUAUUACAGUCCACAGUUGAGUACUUUUGUAUGCCAUGGUUCACCUGCUAAUCUAAAGGGGGAAAAAGUUAAGUUCUUCCAUUUCCUUGACAGUCCAGAAAACUGUAAAAUACAGGCUGCUUGUCCAGAUAUUUACAAAAAGAGAGAAUUGAUGCUCUUCUUGCAGAUUUAAGUUUUACUCAGUUAAUCUAAUCUGGAAUGUUGCUUGUGCUCCCCUUAAUAACUGAACAUAAACCUUUUUUUAUUAUUUAAAAAACAUAUACAUUACCCAGUGCAAAGACUUUGAGAUAAUUUGAAGAGCAGGAAUUCUCAGAACCACUGUUAAUUGCUUGUGAAUUCACAUUGUUGAUACAGAAUUGCCCCUUUUUGGUCUCCUGGAGACAAAAGGAUUUCAGGACUCUGGAAUGGCAACAUUAAAGAUUAAAGACUGUUGAUGCCAAGCAACUGAAGAUUACUCCUUCAAUCUUUCCCUGUCAGUAAGGGACAUUUUGCAUGAGGAGGUCAGGAACAGACAAACCAGAGAAGAUGUACUUAGAGAAAACUUGUAUUACUGUUGUCUGUCACACCCUAUAAUACCAUGGUGAGGGUGGAGCAGUUAUAAUUUGGACGUUGACCUCCCUAAUCCAGGGAGAGUGGUGCAUCUGCAUGUUUUCAUUCUAACUUGACUCUUAAUGACCUACAUCAGUCGGUUCAGUACUGGCUUAAUUGGACUACUUAAAUUGUUGCUGGUGCUUGUGUUUUAAAGAGAAUUAGAAUAACAGCGUCUGGUCUUUCACGUUCAGGACUGAACAUUCCAGUUGUAAUUCAUCAGUGUUGUGUAUAUGUCUAUCUAAAUAUGAGCAUACCAUUAUCUGAAAAAUUUUAACUGAACUUCCCAUAGUACAUAACUACUUACAUACUACAGUGCAUGCAUUCAGUUUUGUAUGUUGAAUAAUUAGCUAGUAAUCAGAUAAUUUCAAAGUAACUUGAAAUCUAAAAUAAAUUCCUAAAAUUAAAUGGUAGUAAAUGAAAGCUUUGCACUGUUCGAAAUUAAAUGCUCUAAAUAUACCUUCAUUAACAUACUGGUGAAAAAGCUAUCUUCAGUUUGUGUUUAUUUAAAGAUUAUUUUUUUUAUGUCUCUGUUACCAAAGUCUUUUUCCAUUAGCUCCACAUGAUUAUUCCUCUUGCCCAGAUUAAGUGCAGCUACAGUGAGGCUUGGAUAAGCAGAAGACUUUAUUGUGACAGCACAUGCUUAAUCCAGUGCAAAGACUUUGAAUUAAUUUGAAAAGUGCACUAUGUCUUUUGUGGUUCCCUUUUAAAUUAUUUUAAUACAAAACUAUUUUUGUAGUUUAAUACAGUGAUAAUUGCCUUCUUAUUCAAGGUGUACAAGUGAAUGAAGAUUCCUUCACUACUAAAAGAAAUCGAGAGAACGUUUUAGAAAAUGUCUGCUUUAAACUUUAAACGUGAGAACAGAAUGGUUUAAUAAAAAAACUGCUAGUUUACCUGCCUUUGAAAUGGUUGUAAUUCAUGAGGUGGGCUCUGGCUUCUAGUUCACUAUCAAAUGGAUAGCAACGUGUUAUCAGAGUUUUAAGUCUGGAUCUCUUGCCUUGAGAAAGCCAUCAAAUUUUAUCAUGGCUCUGUUUAGUGUGUUUUAAUUUUUCACUCUCAUAAUGAGUGCAUUUCAGCACAUCAACUUACAUGACUUCAUGUUUUAUUAAAUUAUUUUUUUGUGAAUUGUGCUUGUUUUCUAGACAGUGUAAUGCUUUCUCUCCCCUGCUCCAAUCUUCUAGUCUGUCAGUGUUAUUUAUAAUACACUUUGGGUAGUCUUGUGUUUGUUUCUUACAGUAUGAAUACAAUGGGAAGAUAAAUGUCUGCAUUUGAACAAACAUAAAUGUAAAUAAAGUUUAAAAAACGUUUCUAACAAGUAUUUCUAAAAAAUUGAAUUUCAAGCAAAGCUUCCCAUUGGUAUGUGUCACCAAGUCUGUCACAUGGUAUUUUACCACAGUCAAUGACUGGAUUGUGUCAGUGACAGUUAAGGUUAGCUACAUAUUACAGCUUGGCUUCUCUGGAAAUUCUUGAAGCUGGAACUAGGCUAAAUUAAUGCCUAAAUUAUGUGGGGGGUGGGGUUAAAGGUUUGUAAUGGGCCCAUUGAAUUUACAUUUGUGGCUGAAAGAUUGAGAUACUGUUCUAUGCCACCAGUGAGCAGGUGAUGUAUCUUCUUCUGUACCUGCUGUCUCGUCAAUAAAAUAAGACCAAACUUAAAUGUG